AUGGCACCACCACCACCACCCAAAUUCACCCACGCGUCGCCCAUUACGGUCUCCCUUCAUGACCUGCGCCGCGACACCGUCCCCUUCUCGACGCUUCUGGCAGCGUUCGGCCCGGACAGCCUGGGGAUCCUCGUAGUCACGGACCUGCCGGGCGAGUUUGCGCGGCUGCGCAGCAAAGUGCUUUCGGACGCGUCGCGGCUGGCGGCACUGCCGCGGGAGAAACUGCAGCAGUUGACGAAUCCGGCCGCGAAGUAUUUGGUCGGCUGGUCGCAUGGCGUGGAGACGCUGAGGCCCGGGGUGGUCGACACGGCCAAGGGGAGUUAUUAUGUCAAUUGUGCGUUUUAUCAGGAUCGCAAUAAGAACCAGGACCAGAACCAGGACAAGAACCAGAACCAGAACCAGCCCACCACCGGCCAACUCUCUUCUCCUCCAGGCUUCGAAGAGUAUACUUCGCCCAACAUGUGGCCGGAAGAAAGCGACCUGCCUCGUUUCCAGGCCGACGUCGAAGCCCUGAUCACGCUCAUCAUCGACACGGCCGUGCUGGUGGCGCGGGCGUGUGAUCGGUUCGCCGCCGCCCAGGCCAUCCCGGGCUACCAGGACGGAUAUCUGGAGAGAGUUGUGCGCGGGAGCACGACCACCAAAGCUCGACUGUUACAUUAUUUCCCGAUUGACUCUAGUGAUCAGAAUGGGACGGAAGAUCGGAAUCGGAAUCAUGAACCUAUUACACGGACAAAAAUAAAUGAACCGGAGCAGCGGCCUAACAAUACCAACAGCAGCAACAACAGCAACAACAACAGCAGCAGCAGCAGCAACAACAACAGGAUCAAGAACAACAACAACAACGAUGUCGAGGCUGGUCUUGCUGAACCCGCUGCGGAAGAAGGGGAAGGCAACGACGAGAUCGCUGAUACAUGGUGUACCACGCACUUGGACCACGGGUGCUUGACGGGCUUGACGUCGGCCAUGUUUGUCGAUGAAGGGGCGGUGGCAGCGGGCUCGGUGUCGCAAGAAGCAGCAGAAGAAGAAGAACCAAAUGUCGAAGCAGCAGCAGAAGAAGAACCAGAACGAACAGCAGACCUGGCUCAACCAUCUCCUCUCACAGAGCUCCCUUCAUCCCCCGACCCCUCCUCGGGACUCUACGUCCUCUCCCGCACAGGGCAGAUCUGCAAAGUAAGUAUCCCGCGCGACUGCCUGGCCUUCCAGACCGGCGAGGCUCUGGAGUUGAUCACGCGGGGCCAGUUCAAGGCGGUGCCGCAUUUCGUCAAAGGCGUGGACCCGAGCAAGAGCCAGAGCAGGAUCAAGAGCAAGAUUGCUAGAAACACUUUGGCCGUCUUCACACAGCCGAAUCUUCACGAGCUGGUCGAUGCCGAGACAGGACUGACCUUUGGGGAGUUUGCGCGCGGCGUGGUGAAGAAGAAUACGGCCGGCUGA